ACGACCGAUCCAUGACGAAUUCCGAGGACGGAGGGAAGCAGCAGAGCCACGUAGGAUCUGCGCCGACGGCCCCACCGACGGCUGACCUGGAGAAUCCGACGACGGAGGAGACGGCCAGUAUCGGAGUGGCUGGGAUCCUACGGCGGUGGAAGAGGGAGGACCUACUGAGAAGAGGAUCGUUGGCUUUGAGAGGAUUGGCUUUUCUUUUCUCUCUCCUUUCUUUCAUAAUCAUGGCCAGUAACAAACACGGCGAUUGGAAGAACUUCGAUCGAUACGAGGAAUUCAGAUAUGUGUUGGCAAUAGCGACUCUGUCGACGUUGUACAGCGGAGGACAAUGUUUGCUAAAAGUCCACGAACUUUCUACCGGGAAAUACCUGUUCCAGCGUUCGACGUCGGCUUUGUUCGACUUCUGUGGUGAUCAGAUUGCAGCAUACCUCUUGAUAUCGUCAGCAUCAUCGGCUGUUCCAAUGAUAAAUAGAAUGAGAGAAUCACAAGACAACAUAUUCACUGAUUCCUUAGCCUCGGCAAUUACCAUGUCAUUCCUAGCUUUCUUCACACUUGCUUUGUCAGCUGUCGUUUCAGGAUACAAGUUAUCAAAUCAAUCUUAAAUCUGUUCAACUUGAACCAUUCUUUCGUUUUGUUUCAUUUGUCACAUUAUACGUACCAAACUGUUUUAGAUUCAUCUAUUGUAUAAAAAGGGGUUAAGGUUAUAUAUUCAAAACACGGUUUUUUAUUUUUAUUUUUAUUUUUUUGUCUAUUAUUUUUCCUGAUUUGGAUUGUAAUCAGUUUCUUAAGCAUGAGCCAUCUGUGCAUUAACGAGUUUCGCUUAUGCUCUACAGAUUCCAAUAAGAGAUGUACAGAUUGUUGUUAUGAAAGAGCAGAAUGUUUAUGGCUUUUUGCCUUG